AUGGCUUCCUCUCAUUCUCUGGGGAGAAAUCUCACUGCUGAAGAGUAUGAAUCUUUUCAAUUCCGAUUCGGGUUUGUUCCUGAACAUGACGUACAAAUUCCCCUCUCCGAUGUGUCACCUUACAGCCCGCCUGAGGGCAAAUUCGAGAUUCUGAUCGUCUUAUUCGAGAUAGAUCUUUCUUUUCCUACCACCGAAUUCUUUAAUCUGAACAUCCGUGAAAACGAGUUUUCAGUGGGGGGAAUUGACUCCCAUUGCUAUAAACAAUAUAGUAGGAUUAAGGCAUAUGUGGACUGUGCUCCCACGCUUUUUGGUGCUGACAAGGAGCUGGCUGACAACAUGGAGAAGAUCAACAUCAACGACGAGGAUUUGCUUGAUUUCUUUUUGGCCACCGAUGGAAUGAGCCCCGCUUGGAGGGCUCCUGGGAAGAUGCUUGAGUUAUUUGUCGAGAAGGAAGGUGGGGAGGAAAUUAUAUCCUUGGAGAGGGAUCUUUAG